UUAGAGAGGAAAGAGCAGCUGAUUCUCACAGUCCUGCAGCAGCUGCAGUCUCAGUGCUGCCUCACGCUCGGAUAAAAGACUUAAAGAGGAGAACAAAAGAGGAACAACACCGAGUACACGCGAGAAAGAAAUAUGCCACAGAACGUAAUGCUGGAGGGGCCACCCCCUUGGGGAUUUCGGCUCUCUGGAGGCAAUGAUUUCAACCAACCUCUGACCAUUACCAGGAUUACUCCUGGCAGCAAGGCUGCACUGGUCAACCUUUGCCCUGGAGACAUCAUUCUGGCAAUUGAGGGAGUCUCUACAGACGGCAUGACUCACAAUGAAGCCCAGAACAAGAUAAAAGACUUCACUAACAAGCUCUCCCUGAAAAUAGAGAGGCCUGAAACCAAACUCUGGUCACCGCAAGUCUUGGAGGAGGGCAAAGCACACCCAUUUAAAAUUAAUCUGGAAGCACAGCAACAAGAGUAUAAGCCAAUAGGCACAGGUCACAACAGGAAAGCUCAACCAUUUGUGGCUGCUGCCAAACUGGAUGACAACAGGCAGGUGGUGAGCUCUUCCUACAAUAGUCCCAUUGGCCUUUACUCUGAGGUCAACAUCCAGGAUGCCCUGCAGGGUCAAAUCCCUGGCCUUGUGCAUGACAGACCUGAUGGAGAUAACAAAUCUCAGGGCGUGAUGGGAAAUGUAGUUCAGACUUCCACAGCCCCAGUUUACAAUCGCAGUCAAACUGAGUCCCUGGCUCAUUCUACUCAGUAUAACACCCCUGUCCAUUUGUACUCAAAUGCCAAUCUGUCAGAGGCACUACAGAACUCUCAGAUGUCUGCGGUGGCCAACGAGGCACCUCCCAGUGGACAACCCCUGACAUCUAUUGAGGACUCUCAUGUGUACCGAAUGCUGCAGGAUGAUCAAGAGGCUCCACAUGAGCCUCGCCAAUCUGGCUCCUUCAGGGCCCUACAGGACUAUGUGGAGAGUGAUGGUACAAAGCCUAUAGUAACUAGAAGUGUCAAAGCCCCAGUGACGAAGCCCCAAACUGGCUCAAACCCACUACAAAAACUGCCUCUGUGUGACAAAUGUGGCAAUGGCAUUGUGGGUACUGUGGUCAAAGCCCGGGAUAAGUUUCGCCACCCUGCGUGUUUCGUGUGCUCUGACUGUGGAAUGAACCUAAAACAAAAGGGGUACUUCUUUGUGGAAGGACAGCUGUAUUGUGAGGCACACGCCCGGAUCCGAAUGAGACCUCCUGAGGGCCAUGACCUGGUCACUGUGUACCCCAAUGCUUAACGGACAUAACUGCACCAGUCAUCAAUGCCUACUGAUGCUGCAACUAAGUGAGACAUGUAGAAAUGUUUAGAAAUGCUUGUUGCCCCAUUAUAAUAAUUGUUUGCUAUAAGUAAAAGGUUUACAUUUUGAGAUAGGUUUCUCGUUUACAUAUAAGGAAAUGGUUAUUGCUCACUGAAUUAGGCACUACUUAAGAAGCAGCAAAGGUCCUACAAAACAGUUGUGAUUUUCUAAACUGCUGUUUGUUUGAUAUGGUUCCAAAUAUGUUAAAAAUAAAAAGGUAUUUUGUUCCCUUGAGCCGUACUUUCUAUAGAUGUUUGUACAAGUUACUGUGAUGAAGAUCUGAUAUUAUACUAAUUUAAACUACGAGGGAUCUUCAAAAAGUUUCUGCACUUUUAUAUUUUGGUUGGAAAUGAUGAGGGUGGGAGGAGUAGUAAUCGGUCAUGUCUGAGAGACUGAAAGAGAGCUUAUAGUCCAGAUUUAGUGCCAGCUGACCUUUUUGAACCGCUCAAAGAAGCUUUAAGGGGAAGAAGAUUUUCAUGUGAUGAUGAUAUAAAAGCAGUCUUGCAUCAGUGGCUACACACUUAACCAAGAACAUUUUUGCUGAUGGCAUUAAAAAGUUGGUAUGACGCUGAAAAAAAUGGUUUGGAAGGUGAUUAUGUUAAAAAAAGAUGUAAUUUGUUUUUGAAAUUCUUAAUAAAUUUUAAAACAGUUUUAAAAAAAGAGGAAACAUUUUGAAGGACCCUCAUAUACCAUCAAAUGUCCAUGGCUCUGUAUUCAAAUGUUUUACAAUAUAUUAUAUUCCCUCUGUUCUUUUAUGAUUUGCAUUUUUCUUUAAAAAAAUAUAAUGUAAUAAUAAUGUACACUUUUGCCAAAAUAAACAUAAAUCUGAUUGUA